AGUGAUUCAGUGAAUGGAUGGAUGAGUGGCGAGUAAGCAGUGCUCACAACCAGUGCUCACAACUCAUACCAAACAUUGCAUUGAAUAUCAUGUGAAAUGAAUUCAUAGUUACAUUGAUUUCAUCACAACUUUGAUUACAAUUGAAUGAAUGAUCGCAUCCAUGGAUAGUAUGUGACCACAACAACAUCCCUCACCUCUUAGACGACUACUCAUUGAAAUCGCUGUCAAUUGAAUUGAUUGAAUCAAUGGCCAAAACUAAGACAAAAAUGGUUUACAUUGUGCUAACCAUCGGGUUAUCAGUGUUUUGUCAACAAAUGAUUGUUUCAAAUGCGAUACCAAUUGAUCACAAAGUGUUGGACACCAACCAAGACAUGAAGACUCAGUUUGAUUUGACUCAACGACAGACCAUCUCUGAGCUGAAGACCAUGUUAUCGCAAAAGACCACCAAAUUUGAUGAAUUCUUUCGGGAAUUAUUAAAGACAUCGAAACGAGACUUUCAUCAAAUGUUUUUACAAACUUAUGGACUCUUAUAUGAGAGGCAUUCGUCGAUAUUCACGGAUAUGUUUAAAGACUUGGAGGACUACUAUAGCAGUGGAAGUGUAGACCUAAGCGAUGCGAUGGAUAUGUUUUUCCAUCGGUUAUACCAAAAGAUGUUUCAGGUGUUGAACAGUCAGUAUAAGUUCGACGAUAAGUACUUGAGUUGUGUGAGCAAACACAUGGAUGAACUGAAACCCUUCGGAGAUGUGCCCAAGAAGUUGAGUCAAGAGAUAAAGCGGUCAUUCAUAGCGACGCGAACCUUCGUACAGGCGCUCAAUAACGGCAAAGACGUUAUCAAAAACAUUCUCGAAAUCCCAACCUCUCCUGAGUGCACCAAAGCCUUAACGAAGAUGUCGUUUUGCCCUCAAUGCCAAACAUCAAACGAAUUCAAGCCCUGCGCCUACUAUUGCCUUAAUGUUGUCAACACUUGUCUGGCCUUUCACUCAGAGCUCGACAAAGAGUGGAAUAACUAUAUCGACGCUCUUAUGCUCUUAGCCACACGUUUGGAGACUUCAUUCAACAUUGAAUCCGUGGUCGAUCCCAUUGACAUCAAGAUAUCUGAAGCCAUUAUGAAUUUCCAGGAGAACGGCGGCGCUGUUUCUAAUAAGCUAUUCGAGUCGUGUGGCAAACCUCACAUCGAGUCUAAGCGUGAGACUAGAGAUGUUCACUUUGAAGAGUCGCCCAAAUUUGCAGAACAGCCAUAUGUUGCCAACCCUACCGCUGCGACCGUCACCGGUUUGGAUCGACUCAUUCAAGACAUCAAGAAAAAGAUUAAGAAAACCAAAGGCUUUUGGGCACAAUUGCCACAAACCAUUUGCACUGAUAAACACAUCUCCACGCUAAUAGCUGCCGAUAAUAAAAGCUGUUAUAACGGAUCGGAUUUUUAUGAAAUCGACAAUAAGCCGGAAAGCCAUCAAAAGAGUGGAACUGAACUCAAUUUAGAAACAACGAGACAUAACGCGAUCAUAAAUCAGCAAAACUUGACGUUAAAAUUAAUAACAAAUAAAUUAAUCCAAGCCUAUAAUGGACAGGAUGUAGAUCUCGUCGACAAUGCCGACACAGAUAUGGAAACUGACGGCUCGGGGAGCGGUUCUGGCAGUGGUUACGGUGCAGAAGACAAUGACUACAAUUUGGUUCAGAAUAAUGUGGUGACAGACGACAUAUACUUCAAUCCGUCGACUCCUCGCACGCCUUACUUCACAGUCGAAGGCGAGACAAACGACCAAAAGUCGAAGAAUUGGUCGAAGUCUCCGAAACCCAACUCCCCUUUCAUGGGGAAAGACUCUUCAUUCAAGUCAACACUUUCGCUGUCAUUAAUUUUGUGGACUCUUUUGCUGAACUAUUCGUGUUUUUAUAUGAGACAAAGGCUGUGAUCAUAAGACUUAUAAUAACUUAUUAUAAAUAUAUUUGUAGUGCUUUUUUCACUUCCACUUCAUUCGAGUAUUUAUUUCAUCGUUUUAACGCCAAAACAACGGAAUAUAUUCUGAAUGUCAUUAUUUUCAUAAUUCAUGUAUUACUUCGACCGGAGAGACAAAAGUGCGAGAAAUAUUCAAAUCAAUCACACAAUGGAUGAGCUUUUGCUGUGAAAAUAGUGGUGUUUUGACUGUUGUUCUGAUAUGUGAUGUUCUGAUGUGUUGAUCAGAAACGUCUCCAAACAUUGGUUUUGGAAACAAGUUUUGAAAUGUGAUAAAAGAGAGACUAAAACGAAAUUCCUUUCGCUAUUACGUCAACAUUACUUGAUUUGUAUGAAUUGUAUUAAUAUUAUUAUGAAAAUUACUUCAAAUGUAUUCUAAGCCUAAAGAUAAGCAAAACUUUAGACAAUUAUCUCAUUAUUUUAUAAAUAAUAGAAAGAAUUCUUCGUUUAAAUACUAUUCCC